AUGCAUUUCUUUCGUUCAAUACCUGCACUUUGCCACGGGGUCGCAAUGGGGGCAAUUGUGGUGCAAGAAUUGGUAGUCUAUCUCCCCCUGUCAGCACCUGAGUACUACACAUUUGACAUCGAUGCUUAUGAUGGCCCAUACGCGAUGAACGCCACGUUUGCCAAAUUGAUGCUCGACGAGCACAACGCAAAGAGGUUAGUGCACGGAUCGCAAAAGUUGCGUUGGUCAACUGAGGUGUUCAAUUUCGCGGCCCAGUACGCCUUGCAGUACAAUUGCUCGGGGAUCCUCGAGCACUCGGGCGGCAAGUAUGGUGAAAAUUUGGCAUAUGGCUAUUCCCCCGUCGAUGCCAUCGACGCAUGGUACCAAGAGGGCGACAUUUAUCACUAUGGAACAGAGACUGUAUACAACCACUUCACAGCUAUGGUUUGGAACAAUUCAAAUUCCCUUGGUUGUGCCUACAAAGAGUGUCCACAUGGCCUAUACAUCACGUGUAAUUACGACCCACCGGGGAAUGUAAUUGGCUGGAGUUCACAAAAUGUGUUUCCUCCUCUUGCUUCUCCUUCUCCUCUUAAAUAG